UUAUUUUGAAAUGUUCCCUGAGAGCUAAACGUCCGACGUCACUACCAGCGUAUGGGACGAAACAAACAUGGAUACAAACCGUACAGCAAAGCUUGAGUUUGCAGUGCAGAUGACAUGCGACAGUUGUGUGAAUGCAGUAAAGGAUGUUCUACAGAAAGAACCAGGAGUGCAGUCAGUGCACAUAGACCUGGCAAAGGAAGAGGUUUUGGUUGAAACUGCACUAACAUCUCUGCAGGUCCAGGGUCUCAUCGAAAGCACAGGCAGGCGAGCUGUGCUGAAGGGAAUGGGCAGUUCGAUAACAGAUCUGGGCGCUGCUGUGGCAAUGCUAAGUGGUGCGGGACUAGUGCAGGGCGUGGUCCGUUUCCUGCAGAUAUCACAAAAUAGCUGUUUAAUUGAUGGGACGAUUGACGGGUUGACACCUGGAGCACAUGGCCUGCAUGUGCAUGAAUUGGGGGACCUCACCCAGGAUUGCAUGAGCUGUGGAGAUCAUUUCAAUCCUUUCAGAAAACAGCACGGAGGUCCUGAGGACUCUGAGAGGCAUGUGGGGGAUCUAGGAAAUAUUACUGCUGGUCCUGAUGGCAGAGCUUCAUUCAGAUUAGAAGACUCACAGAUAAAGGUGUGGGAUGUGAUUGGCCGAUCUCUAGUGGUGGAUGCUGGGGAGGAUGAUCUGGGGCGUGGGAAUCACCCGCUGUCUAAAAUAACAGGAAACUCAGGAGAAAGGCUGGCAUGUGGAAUCAUUGCACGCUCGGCUGGGUUGUUUCAAAACCCAAAAACGAUUUGUGCCUGUGAUGGUGUCACACUGUGGGAGGAGAGAGAUCGGCCCAUCGCAGGGAAAGGACGUAAUGUCACCGACACACCAGCAGCUAAUCUUUAAUGGUGUGAGGAUCUGUCCUUCCCACACAUGAAGGACUGCAGAUGGAUGUGGCUUGCAGGGAAACAAACGAGAACAGGAUGAUUAAAAACGUAACAUUUGAAAUGGUCAACAUUGUAUUUGAAAUAUUUCUCAUUCAAACCAUGUUCUGAUGUUUGUUGACAAAUACAGAAUACAAAUCAUUUAUAGGUAAAAUAUAAAUGGAUAAUGUGAAUAUGAGACUAGCUUUAACUAAAGCUUCCGCUGCCAGGAAACACUUUUAGAAGUAAAGUUACAAUGUUAAAGGGUAGCUGCUAAAAUCUAUGGUAUAACUAUUUGGGAUUACUCAUUCAACAUAGACAUUUGAAAAAAAAUUAAAGGGACACUCCACGUUUUUGAAAAUAUGCUCAUUUCCAGCUCCCCUAGUGUUAAACAUUAGAUUUUUACCGCUUUGGAAUCCAUGUAGCUGAUCUACAGGUCUUGCGGUAUCACUUUUAGCA